AUGCUCACCGACACGACCGAUGUGCAUGCUGCUGUGGACGCCCGCGAAUCUACGGAGCCGGCGUGGGCCUGGAGAGACGCCCCGAUCGCCACGUUAGUACGGAGGAUCCAGCAGCUGCAGAAUGAACGCGCGCAGGCCUUCCGCCGCCUGGACCAAGCUCACCGCCAGUACCUGCUCAGCGGCCAGCACCACGACUUCCCGCGUUAUCGGAGUGUCGUGCACGAGGUGACCCAGGUCUUCGCCGCUGCCUCGCGAGAGGUACUGGCAGUGGAAGCAGAACUAGCGGGGCCUCGUGCGCAGCCGGUGCUCGCUUGCCACGUGCGUAGCCUGCAGGAGCUGGAACAGACGCACCUGGCUACGGUGGCGCUGCUGCAGGUGAUGGGGACACCAGGAGUGUCAGAACAGGAGGACCCUGAAAAUUUGCACCAGUUGAAAAUAAAGGUAAUUAAAACCAUGGAGGCGAUCAGUGAGGUUCUGCAGGAACUCAGGUUUGAUGCUGAAUCUGCAGAGUGAGGGCGGCUCCCCAGGGACCAGAGGAAGAUGGGAAAGAGGCCCAUGGCGUCCAGCCCAGCCCUGACUGCCAGCUGGCUGAGGUCAUGCCCCUCCAGGCUGCCCUCCAGUACACCUCAUGAAAUAAAGAAUUCUCCCUCCCA